AUCGAAUAGUUCAAAUAUCUACGCUCAAUUCGAACUAACCUGUCACAAUCAGACAAAGUCAUGUACAUCUCACAGAACUUAUUUUAUACAUUGAUUUUAAUUCGUUUUAUAAGCUGCAUAGCAAACGAUGCUAAUGAAAUGUCCGCUUAUUACAACGAAUCGAGCAAAAUACUGGGCGAUCAAAACAUUUUUAACGACCUAACGAAACGAUCCGCCAACGAUAUAACUCUAAACCAACUGAAGACCUUGCUGGAGAAGAAACUGAGAAGCAACAAAAGAACCAUAAGAGAAAACAAGGCGGAAAAUUCGACCAGUACCACAAGUACCGCCAGUACUAAGCCGGCUGCCGUGUGGCAGGAAUGGACCGCUUGGUCCAGUUGCAGCGUGACCUGCGGCAAGGGCAGGCACAUCCGCUGGAGGCACUGCAAAGAGAAUUGCUCCGAAGCGGAGACGGAAAUGGAGGAGAAGAGCUGCCAGUUGCCGGCCUGUCCGCAGAAGUUGUUCGGUUUAAUAAAAUUGUAAAGCGUUUAUUUCAUACAAAAUUAAUUAUAACUACUCAGUAGUCGAUAGGAGUAAGUUGCUUCGAGCGCGAUUUAAGGUAUGUUGUUCUCCGUUAUUUCAUCGAAAUCGGAGAGUUUCCUCGCCGAUUGCGAGCUAUCCCAGUUCUUCCACGUCUGCACCUCCUCGAACAGCCUCUUUCCGGGACUCUCGAUGCAACUGCACUGGCAAUGGGCGAGCAAUUUGUAAUUCUCGUCCACGGAGCCUCUUUUGACGCCCGCCUCGAUCACAUUUUUCGCCAUUUGCAGCGAGCUGUCGGGCGGCAGGUGGUGCAGGAAGCAGCCUAUGAAGGCGAUUCCCAAGGAUUUCGCGUUGUAGCUUCUCGUGUGCGAGCCCACCACUCCCCAGCCGCGUCCUUCGUACACCAAACCGUCGGAUCCGAUCAGGAAAUUAUAGGCGAUGUCCUUCCACUUCCUGCUCUCGAUGUGGAAGGUUUGGAUCAGGCGCACUAAGAGGGUGUUAUCGGCUUGGGUGAAGCCCUCUUCGGUCGCUGUGUGACCUGUAAAUUGAAUAGAUUAACGUUUCCAGAUCCAAUGAAGAUGUAAAGGGUACUUGAUGAAUCAUAAUACUUACAUAUUAUAACGUAUUCUGCUGGUGCUUCUAAAUGUUCUUUCACGCCUAAAGGCGGUUGAGCUAGCCAGUUCAUUCUGUUGACUUGUACUACUUGGGACUCUGGUUCUAUGUAGGGUUCGGGAGAAUUUUUGUCGAUGUAAGAGGAAUUGCUGUUGAUUAUAACUGGACCGUGGAUGUAUGUGACGUCUCCCACGUGGACUUUCUUGGAUUUGUAGAUGUUUAUGUUGUCGUAUUUCUGUCGAGGGGUCUCUUUGAUGAUGUACGAACCACCAUUCGAGUCCU